AUGCCGGCGUGGCUCAAGCUUCUGAACGCGGGUGGGCUCGCCGGAGGUGGCGCGGUGGUGGAUGAGCGGAUCGUGCUGGGGUCGGAGGAGGUAUUUGUAAAAUCUGGUGGGGCCGACGCAACUCUUCGAGCCACCAUUCCCCACUCGUCUGGUGGUGUCAGAACGAUGAUCGAGCUCGGGGUGGACGUCAAUGGUGCUGACUGGUCAGGUUUCACACCGCUUCAUUGGACGUCGGACAAGACCACGGUGGAUCUACUCAUCGAGGCUGGGGCCAACAUCGAAGGUCGGGAGAUAGGAGGAAGCACACCUCUCAAUUGUACUCACGAAUUGGACGAAAUCUGCGCCCUCGUGGACCACGGUGCAGACUUCAAUACACAGGAUAAGGACAGCCGCAUGCCUUCGCACAUGCCCUACAUGAUCCAUGCUGUUAAUAUGGGCAUCGUCGAGAUAGUGGAGUUCUUGCUGAAGUCAGGCGCAGACGAGACCGUGGUUGACAAUGAAGGCAAGACAGCCAUGCAGAGAUUGGAUGGAGGUAUACUACAUCCAAAUUUACAUUCUUACACCAAAGAGACACAAGAGGACGUAGACCUUGCCAGGCGCGCACGUGAGCUUCUGACUAACGCUCUCGCCGACGGGGCCGACAAGAGGUGGCGUCGCCGGGCUCUUCUGGUAUUGUGCAUCGCGCGCCAUCGCAGGGGGAAGGCGCAGCUGCUGGAUUUUUGGGGCAGGGAACGCCAAAGACAACUGGGCUCGUGUGGCGGUGCGGGUGCUGGACGCGGGGUUGGAAGUGGGGAUUUAGAGGAUAUUUCAGACGACCGUGGUAUACCUGUGAAGCCGAUUCAAACGCCUCCCAGCGUACCGCGUGACCAAACACAGAUGGGCACGUGA